GCCUUAGAUGAUAGUAAGUAACAUUACUCUGUUAGUUUACACAUGCAUCUAUUAGUCGAUUGUUUUGUGCUACAGGAGUAGUCAAAAAUUAAUAACUAUUGUACUUUUUUUCUAUACUGUAGAACAACGUCCUUGGUCAGAAUGGAGACGUACCAAUGCAUCUUGCUUACAACAUACUGAUCAUGACGUCGAGCAAGUACAAGAAUUAUAUUCUAUGUGUGAACAACUGCUUAUGAAUUAUUGCUCCCAUAAGAACCACCAACUUACAAACAGUGCCACUAUCUCGUAUUUAUCUCCUAUGAAUACGCUUGUCGUUACACUAUGGUACUUAAAACGUCAUCAUUCUGAACGUUAUAUUGCUUUAGAAUUGAAUUUAAGUCAACAAGCAGCGAAUUAUUUAUUGUCAACAGUUGUCAAUAUUUUACAUUCGUGUUUACAUCCAGAUUUAAUUUCAAUACCUGCUAAUAUAUCUAGCAGUAGAACACCAUACGAACCUCAAUAAUAUCAUAAACUAAUAGUCGACUCGGUUUUUAUUGCAAUUGCUGAACUUUAUGAUUCAGAACAACGUAAAGCAUAUUAUCAUGCGAAAAGUUCAACAAAUUAUGCAUUGAAAGUGCAAAUAGCUUAUGACUUUCAUUAUCGAAUAGUACACGUAUCCGAAUGUUUUCGUGGAAGUGUAGAUGACAUUACAGUUCUAAGAGAAUCAGGACUAUUAGAACAUGUGAACAAUGCCGUGCAAAUUAUUGCGGAUAAAGGAUAUAUUGGUGAAGAAUACGUAAUUACUCCCAAAAAGAAGCCUCAUGCACGUGAAUUAAUAGAUGAAGAUAAGGAUUUGAAUCAUGACAUUAAUAGCACAAGAGUAGCUAUUGAAAAUAUUAAUCAACGUCUUAAAAUUGAUGUAAUUCUUGGUGGGAUCUACAGAGGAACUAUUGAUGAUUUUCAUAAGGCAACAAAAAUCGAACAAGUCGUUUGCAUUCUAUGUAAUUUGAACUUAAUAAAACAUCCUAUUCGUAGAUAA